GUCAACCGUCAGUUCGUUUCGAACGUUCGCGUUGUUCAGUGUGAUUUUCGUUGCUUGCUCGCGCGUGUAGAAGCAGACAGGUUGAGGGUUCAGAUUUCGGAAGACGAGUUGCAUUGGAAGAUUUUUUUUUGGUCGGUUGGACUUUAUUCGAUUAUAUUUUUCAACGUCAGCCAAGUGGAUCGGGAAAAAGUGGAAAAUUUUGAAAUAUAUUUUUUUAUAUCUGCCCGUGCCGGGUUGUUAUUAUUUUCGCUGCUGCUAAUAUUCUUGUUCGGUGUGUGAUUGAUCGGGUGGUAAACCGUGAGAAUUUGGCCAGCGACCGUUUGAAGUUUUGGAGUUUGGACGAUUCGGCCGAUCGGAUCGCGCCCGGUGAAUCCUGGUGGGCGGGAAAUUGUUGCUGAAGUCCGUGGUGUGAAAUAGAACGUAGAUUCCAAUACAUUGUAGGGCAGUGCUGGUGUGGAAUAAAAGGGGACACCGCAGAUAAUUAAGGCGAAGGAACGCAGGCGGGUGGAGAUCAAGCUGAGCUCGGUAGCAAUUAUAAAGAGUGAUCGUUAGCAUUUUGGAUGCACGGAUUUAGAGCACGGUAGAACAGGUGGAAUUUGUUGCUGGUGAAAAAGUGUACCGUGCUUCCUUUUUUUUAAAUUUGCUGCCGCCAGACGGUUGACAUUUGCGUUGCUGAGCAGCGUUCUGGCAGUGUAAUUCUGGUGGUUUUCAUUUCAUUUCGGCUACUAGUACUAGCAGCAGCAGUGGCAGCCAGUGAGAGGUCUUCGAUUGGCGAAGAUUGGUGGCGGGCUAGCCGCAGCGACGGAGGUGAAGGAAAAUUUUACACUGCGCAUCGUCAGCAAGAGCGGGGUCAGCUUCUGUACAGGCGGUCAGGUCGGGUGGUGAGUUGUUGAUGUGCCAAAAUUGCUCGGAAAAGGCAAAAGAAUAUCGUCAGAGUGGUAUAAAAAGUUUUCUUUCCCGACGGUUGCCAUCGCGUACCGCGUACCGAUAGACAGGCGUUUCCGAGAGGGAAAUAGCGUUCGGGAGGUUUUUGAACUAGAGUAACCCGGACCCUUUCGGGUAGAAGUUAUUGUGAAGAAAAAGAAAAAAGAAUUGUUGCUAUCAACCAUUGUGGGUUGCAGUGAACAGUUUCGGCUGAGUAUCAGUAAUUGCAAUAUCGGAUUCCGUCGGUCGGUUUUUAGACAGGAAGAUGUCUUCGUCGCCAAUGUUGACAAGCUAUACCCUGCGCAUCCGUAGUGAUACAACUCCGGUAACAGCGACGGCAACAAUCACCAACAGUGGCACAAAUUGUAACAGUUCACUGAAGAAACUAAGUCUUAACGACACAUCGUCGGCCCACAGUACCAAUUCGGGCGGAUCUACUGAUCCGCUGGAGUCGGACUUUAGUGCUGAAGAAGAGGAAGAGGAGGAGGAGGACGACAAGAGAAGGUUCAGAGUGAUUCAACCGGAAGACGACGACGAAGACGAGGAAGAGGAGGAACGCAAAUCCAAAUCCGGCUCAGACAAGGACAACGACGACUCGGACGGCACCUCGGAGGACGACGGACACGGUGGCGACGACGGUGACGACGACGACGACAACGACGAAGACGAUAACGCCGUUGCCAAAGGACAGUGCAAAACUACUACCGGUCCCAGAAAUGGCCGAUACACUCGAAACGCUUCCACUGAUGACGAUACUCGUGACAGUGACACUAGUGACGAUGAGUCUGACGAUACUUCUGAUAAGAACAAUAAUAUCGGCGGAGUUCGUUGUAAACAACCGAAGGAGUACGAUCUGGAUGAUUUUCAAAUAUUGAAAACAAUAGGUACUGGAACAUUCGGGCGCGUUUGCCUCUGCCGGGACCGGCUAACCGAUAAGUACUGGGCGAUGAAGAUCCUAGCCAUGGCCGACGUCAUCCGAUUGAAACAGAUUGAACACGUCAAGAAUGAGAAGAACAUUCUGCAGGAAAUCGAUCAUCCGUUCAUCGUCAACAUGCGGUGGCACACCAAGGACGACUGUUGCCUGUACAUGCUUUUCGAGUACGUCAGUGGAGGCGAGCUAUUUUCCUACCUGCGGAAUGCCGGACGAUUCGACAACGCUACCGCAAACUUUUACGCGUGCGAAAUCGUACUGGCCCUGGAAUACCUGCACACGUUGUCCGUCGUGUACCGGGAUCUGAAGCCGGAAAAUCUGCUGCUAGAUCGGGACGGACACCUAAAAAUCACCGAUUUCGGAUUUGCCAAAAAACUGAAGGACCGCACCUGGACGCUGUGCGGAACACCCGAGUACCUAGCACCGGAGAUCAUCCAAUCCAAGGGACACAACAAAGCGGUCGACUGGUGGGCCUUAGGUGUUCUGAUCUACGAGAUGCUCGUCGGUUAUCCACCUUUCUACGAUGACAAUCCGUUUGGAAUUUACGAGAAAAUUCUCAGCGGCAAAAUCGAGUGGUCCCGGCACAUCGAGCCGAUCGCGAAGGACUUGAUCAAAAAGCUGCUGGUGCUGGACCGAACCAAACGGUUGGGCAAUAUGAAGAACGGAGCAGAUGACAUUAAGCGGCACCGAUGGUUUAAGCAUCUCGACUGGGAUAUCGUAAUCAAGAGACAGCUGAAGCCCCCACUAGUGCCCAAGUUCGUGAACGAGGGUGACACCAGCAACUUCGACGAUUACCCGGAAACGGACUGGAAAUCGGCACGUUCACUGGACAAGAUGGAAAUGCAACUGUUUGAGGAUUUCUAACUCUCCCACUAUCUAGCCGAAUAGGCAGCAGUACAGUGUAUAUAACCGAUAUAAGCCUUUUGCAUUGUGGAUCAUGCAUAUAGUAGUGUACCCACACACAUGUCUGAACAAACAAACCAACCUUUAUAGCUGUAAAAGUAGUUUCCCUUAACAAAUCUAUCAAUAGAAUUAGUAUUUAAAAUCUACUAAAUACGUACUGUGAGUUACAAGUUUCUAAUAUUCUUAGUGGACGUUAACCGAAACCAGAACAAUAGUUUGAAUUAAUUAGCGCGAUUUGAACACUGAACGUUUACUGGCAAAGAUUUUCGCUGUAAAUAUCAUUUUAGUUGAAAAACAAAAAAAAAAAAGAAUUAGUCCAUGUUUUGAUCUACAAAAAUCCAGAGUGUUCGUACAGCAAGGGUACUUAUCUCGAAAUUUGAGAAAUCUUUACGUAUUGAACGCACUAAAAAGUUCUACCAUUGAAAUUAAAUGUAAGUUAUUUAAUGAACCACAUUCACUGUGAUAGAGGAAAAUAUGUUAGUUAUUAUUCUGAUUUAAGCCUUACGUUUAGCUAGUUGAUUUCAGUUUUGUAUAUCUAGAGAAGAGAGGCAAUUAAUCCGAGAGAAAGAGAGAUGGAUAUCGUACUUGAAGAGCUUUUAGAGCCUACAGUAUAUUAAGCAAAAAUAAAUGAUUGAUGGAAAUUUUGAAGCCCACAACCCGUCGAAUGAGCGCUGGCAAGCGACAAGACAAAGCGCGGUGGAUUAGAGGAAACACCAAAUUCGCCAUAAAGUUUUAACGCACUGUUUCCUUUUUGAGUAAAUCUUGCUCUUUUAUAUUGUUUUACCUUUCGUAGAAUUAUGGCAAACUGUGUGUUAAUUCAGUAGUGUUGAAUAAAAAGUAAAACUGUUUUA